GCCUCGUGUAAUUGUCCCCUCAGAAUGGACCAUAGCAGAACAGGAGCAACUUAGUUCGAGAGAUAAGUCAGCUUACGGCUCCCAAUACUGGACACGCUAUACUAUAGCCAGCGUCAGCUUCUUACUUCACUCCUUGUGGUGAGCCUCUGCAGGCUCUGCAAUUUGCGUAAGGCUUUGAUGACAUUGCUGCAUUGCAGCUCAAUCACAAUGUAAUGUGAAAAAGGCCUGCAUUCAGCUGCCUGCAUCUGAACAACAACUUCAAGGGGCAUCACAGUGGCUGCAAAUGAUGGAUGCCCUACUAGAGGGCAUCCAUCUGAAUCAGAUGUUUUCACCCGUCUCUGGAGCUACUUAACAUAUACCCCAACCACUUACGUCAGAAAGCCCCACUAGAAAUGCUACUACUAGGCCCCUGAGACUUGAGCCAGGCGAGUCCAAGAUGUCGGAGCAGGAAGAUGCAUUCACCUGGAGCCGCGCACUCCCAACCGCACAGCUGGCGUUUAGUGGCGAGUCCGCAGCCAGCGAGGGGUGCAGUGCGAGGAAGCGGGAUCGUUUGACAGGCGCCGAUCUAAGCUCACCCCUUGCGGAACAGGGCCAAAUCCCCUGGGAGGAUCAGUUCCUCAAUGUUGCCCCCCAAGAAUGGCCGGAGCAGGAAGGCGCGCUCCUUUUCGCUGAGCAGGGGGGUGGUGAUUUCCCAGCUGAUGCAGCGGACCUUCCCCCCGCCAAGAUGCAAACAGGGCGCUCAGCAGGUCAGCCCCCUCAAUCGACGCCGAGUGGGAUCUUCCUUGGAGCUUUCAGCAGCAUAUCGAGUGUGGGGGAUAGAGCCUCAGUGGGGGGCAAAGAUGUGGCGGGGGACGCAUCGCCUUCACCCCCCCACUCGCUCGCGACCGUCCUGCCGAACCCCGGAAGAAGGGAGCCGUUGGUGCUGACGACAGAGGAGAUACAGCUUGCAUACAAGGAGAGCUGGGGGUGGGGGGGCCGCCCGAAACCGCGGCCGCUCGAGGUGGCCCCGGUUGCACCGCAGCCUGCGAAGAUUGACGUUGUUGAGGGAUCCUCCCGUGACACGGGGGCGACCAAAGUGCAGGCAGCAGCGAUCAUACGUGAACUGUUCCGCCGCCCCAGGGGGGUGCCUGUGGAGCAGGCGCCUGCCGGGGGGGGUGCGAAUGCUCAGUUUCAAGACCCCCCUUCGGAGCAUGGGGGGGCUUCCUCCCAGGAAAGCUGGAUGGGGACAGGGGGGUCAGUAUCGGGAUCAGGCUCUGCGAUUGGGGCUGAGGCCGGGGGGGUUCCGUCCAGGGCAGAGCAGAUUGAGACUGACGAGGCGCCGCUUGGAGUAGGUCCUCUUCCCGGCUCGUAUGCCCCACGGAAGCCAGCGCCACAAAGAAGCGGAUCUGAGCGAAACAGGGGGGUAAUUGCAAGCGAGCAGGAAGCCCCCCUCUUUGACAAGAACGUAGAGCGGCGAAAGCGUGCAGCUGGCGCGUCUGGCUCCAAUACUCUCGAUGGCAUGUCAGCUGAGCCGGCGAGCUCGACGCCUGAGGGCGGAUCCGGCAAUUCUUCGGAGCCUGCGGAAGAAGUGACGUCACUGGCGCUGGCGAUCGAGCUGGCGAGCUGCCAGGUGGCGCUCGCGACUUCGAUCACGGACCUCGAUGUGGGGCUACCGCUUUACGACCCACAAAAGGCUCGGGGCAGCCACCCUGACGUUUCUGUGGGGUUAGCGGCUGAGAAGGGUUUGGAGGACUGGGUUUCGGGAGACCCUGUCGUUGCCGGCUUCGAGUGGCUCUUGGAGGCGGACCCUGUACCGGGGGAGGAGCCUGAGAGAGGGACUUCUUUCGAUGGUAGGCGUGCGGCAGAAACCCUGUCGCAAACCCCAAAACUCCACCGCCUCUGGGCGGACCUGAGCCCAUCGGAAGUCCGGCGGCCGCAGUUCCGACCGUUCCGAGAGGCGUAUAAGGAAGAACUCCGGCGGCUGCGCAUCUGGACGGCGACCUACGCAGGCCCGGCGAUCAUUCCCCGGGUUGCCGAGCUGCACUACCUGGCAUGUAAUGCGCUACCCGGUUUGGGAGACCGGCACACACGGAUGAUGCUGACCAAGGGCGCGCUCUGGACUGCGUUUGUGCGCCACUCGUUGGGGCGCGCCAGCCCCGCGGACCUCUACUUCGCGUGCCAUGACGGUCAACGGGUCUACCGGGGGGAGAGCGGGCCGUGGCUGCUGUCCAAAUUAUCGCCCGCCAUGCAAGACCAGUGCCGCACCAUGUGCUUCCUGAUGGAGGACCUCAAAGACGAAGCCGCGUAUGGCCCGGAGACGUUCCGCGCGUACCAGGGCCUCCAUAAGUCGGGGGGUGUAGACCUUCCCCCACCGCGCCGCGGCUGGGCUUAUCGCCAGGUGUCAUUCCCGGAGCUCGAAACCCCCCCAAUAUCGUGGCCCGCCGCGGUCGACGCGCUCUGCACGGAAAUGGAGGGCUUAGAAACGGGCCCCGUCGAACGGAUCGAAUUCGAAGGCGACCCGGUUUUCAACGAAGUCUGCUUCACGCCCAUGGGCCUCGCCGCGCGCUGGGGCAGCUUCUGGCACAACCGCGGCCCGCUGCUCGCGGCCGCGCGCGGCCUCGCGGCCGCGGGGGAGCGCGCGCGCCACCGCGUGGCGGACCUCGCGGAGCGCGCGAUGGACGGCCACGUGGCGCGCUUCGACGCGAUGGCGGCCGGGGGAUCAUCCGGGUCGGUGGAGAAAUUCCUGGAGUACGCGCGCGACGAGGCCGGGUGGCGGGUGAGCCUCGCGCUCGCGUUCUGCGCGGUCGGGCAGAGCCUCGCGGACGCCGGACGGUGGGAGCCGACUGCGGACGGAGUGAAUGCGCUCUUUGGCGAGACGGGGAGGGGGCUCGAGCUGGCGGCGAACGUCGUACAGAUCACGAGCGAUCUCAGGACGUACCAGGCUGACCUCAGCCAAGCCCGGCUCAACGCCGUCGCUGUCUGCAUGCGCGAGCAGGACUGCGGCCACAGCCAAGCGGUCGCCCAUCUGACCGCCCGGGCCGCCGCGGACCUCAGCCUGCUCGCGCAAGAACUGGUGGCGCGCGCGCCUGGCGGUGACCUGUUCGCGCGCAAAUGUUGGCGACUGGUGUUCGACCUGUGCCGCACGGCCGCCACGUUGGUCACGUAUACGGCCGCGGAAAGCGGGGGGAGCCGGCAUGAAAAUCUCUUUGAAACCGGUUAGGGUUAGCGAAUACGUUUUGCUGUUUGCGGAGUCGCGUGGCUCCUUGGGAGCAAUGUUGUCGUUUUUAAGGCAGCGGCCUAGUAGGCAUCAUACUCUCAGGUAGCCGGAGUUGAUUGCGUCAAGAGGCGAUACAUGUCUUCUCAAUGCUCGAUCGUCAAAUGGUGUAUCAGAGCUAGCUAGCGCACAAGAUGUCUAGCUAGCUAGAGUCAGGUUUUACUGUACAUACACUUGAAACUAGGAAGGGAAUCACCGAAAUAAGGUGCCAUGUCGUUGCAGUGCAGAUGGUGCACUAGUCCAUAUCAAGCUAGUGUACGUACAAGAUACGUUAAGUCAAACGUCUUGCGCGCAUUCUGGG